AUGGAGGGCGCGACGCCAGACGAGGCGUCGCUUCGUGCAGCCCUGCAGGCCAACCCUGCGGACGAUGCGGCUCUCGCAGGCCUCGCGCGCCUCGCGCUGGCUCGCCGCGGGUGGUCCGAAGCCGCCGAUCUUCUUCGCACGGCCGUAUCCGCGCGGCCCGACGAGAGCGAGUACCAUCUUCUGCUGGGCGAGACCUUGUGGAAUUCCGCGGAGGAAAGGGCAGCGGUAACCGCCACGUCGGCAGGCGGAGGCGGAGAGCCGGGGGGAAAUGAAGCACGGGCGACAGUGCGCGCGGCAGCGUACACAGAGUGGCUUCAGGCGGGCAAGCUGAGCCCUGGCAGCGCGGACGCCUUCCGCUGCCUGGGCUAUUUCUUUGCGGGCUUCCAGGGGAUUAUCCCGCGCGCAGGCGCGUGCGGAACGCAACACGGGGACGGGCGACACGCGGAGGCGUGGUGGGCGGCGGGGGAGCGGAAAAGGGCGCGGAAGGGGGGGGUUGGGGAGGAGGUGGUGCGGGACGUGGGGCGAGCGGUGAAGUGCUUUCAGAAGGCUGUGAGCGUGAAUCCCGAAGACCAAGACGCUGGGGUGAGAUGCGCUGCCCCAGUGCACACACCUAGCCACACUCGCAUUACACGCAUGCACUCGCACUUAAACCCUCUCCUGGCCUUUUCUCUUCUCCGAAUCGCCUCCUCCUCGCAUCCAUCUUCUUCCUCUCCCCCUGUCUGCCCCUCUGUCUCCCCCUUUCCCUUCCCUGCCUCUCUCUCCCCCCAGGAGGCGGCCUUCCACCUGCUGGCGGGGGGACGGGGGGCGGUGCGGCAGCGGUCGCUGCAGGUGGCGCUGUGCCGCGGGGCAGUAGAGGGCAGCACGCGGGCUUUCUGGGCGUGGCGGCUGCUGGGGCUGCUGCAUGCGGAGGAGGCCGCGUGGCAGUCUGCUGUGCCGUGCCUGCAGUCCGCCAUCAAGGGCUUCGUGCGAGAUGCCGCGUGCUGGCGGGCCCUUGCCCUGUGCUACCAGCGGCUCGGUCGACACUCCGCUGCUCUCAAGGCCUAUGGCCGGGUGAUCACCUUGGGAUUGCCGCACGUGGCAAGCGCCCUGGAGGCCCUCGUCCCUGCCUCUGUUGCACUCGCCACUGCCUCUCCCCCUGCUGAGUCGCGUGGCGGUGUGAGCAGCAGUGACGUGGCAUGUGCAGUGUUUGCACUGGAGCAGAGUGGGCACAUUGAGCUGGAGCGCAGCAACUACUCCCAGGCAUUGGAGUUGUUCUCGUACGCGGAGGCGCAGCGGGCAGGCAGUGCCACGGUGCAGUGGGGGCUGGCAGCAGCGCGCUACGGCCUCGCAUGCCACGUGGCCUCCUUUGGCGCUGCUGCAUGGGCCAACGACCUGCUGCUGGCUGCAGCUGCCAGUGCCCGUGCGUCCAUAUCCCACCAUCCCACAUCCGCAACAACCUGGAAGCUUCUUGGUGACAUCGAGCUCCGUCACUCAGCCGUGCUUCUCGCCGCACCUUCCCCUGCCCAUGCCUCCUCCACCACCGCGCCUGCAUCCCCUGCCCCCUUCUCCCUCCUCACAUGGCGCCGCCACCGCUUCCGCCUGGCGUCCUCCGCCCUGCGCUCCUACGCGCACGCGCUGCACCUCUCCCCCUCGCCCUCCGCGCCCCCUCCCCCUGACUCCCCCCACCUCUCCUCUUUCCUCAGCUUGGGGGUACCUGAAGCAGGGGGGAUGGGCGGGGGGGAAGUGAAGGGCGCAGGGGGGCAGGUUGGGGGAAGGCUGUGGGCGGAUUUGGCACUGGCAGCGGCGGCCAAGGGGAGGGCAUGGGCGGAGCUGGUGGAAGCAGGUGGCGGGGGAGAGGAGAAGGAGGUGGAGUGUGGGAAUGCGGGUGGUGAUGGGCAGGCCAAGGCAGAGGUUCUAGACGCUGCAUGUGUGGAUGAGCUACGUGCGCUGCCCCCUCGCCUGCUGCUGCCAGCGCUGCAGGGGCAGCAGGGCGUGGCGGGGGCGCAUGCAUGGGUGGUGCUGGCAGCCGUGGUGGGGUGGCAGUGGCCAGAGGUGCAGCAGCAUGCACUCGUGCAUGCCCUCAUGCUUGACCCGCUGCAUGCCCUCGCCUGGGUGCUGCUGGGGGAGGUGUACCUUCACCAGAAGCAGUCAAAGCUUGCCACACAGGCGUUCGCCCGUGCGCGUGUGGCAGACCCGUUCAUUGCCGCCCCCUGGGUUGCCUCUGCAGCCUGCCAGCUGGGCGCUCUCGCUGCUGCACCGGCAGCUAAUGCGCCACACACCAAUCCCCCCGAUGCUGCUGCUACUGCUGGUCUUAGCAGCACUCGCAACGAUGGUGAUGCUGCUGCUGAUUCUGCUGGUGAUGAUGAUGGUGAAAGCAGGCCAUCGCUGCAUGCGGCCAUGGCCGAUGCGCUCUUUGCUGCCACUGCAUGCUCCAACCCGCCGCCAUGCGCCCAACAUGUGCUCGGACAGCUGUCAGCUCGCUGCGGCAGGCUGGGCCAGGCAGAGGUCUUCUGUGCGCUGGCCCACCUGGCGAGCAGCAGCCCCGCAUCUCCCGAGGCGCUCUUCCUCCUCGGCCUCUCUGCCUGUGCGCGCGGCCUGCCCUCGGUCACCCUGCACGCCUUCCAAUCCGCCAAGCAGCUACUGCUGCAGCAGGAAGGACCUGCAGAGCGAGUGUGGCUGGCGUAUGUGCAAGUGGGCAUGGCCCUCACAGCGGCGCGGCGGUUCAGCGAGGCACUAGUGGAGUUUAACUCUGCUCACUCCCUUCGAGACCGUUCCAAGUGGCCGGUGCGCCCACUGCUCGCGCUCGCCCUCGCGCUGCACCACUGCUCGCUCCACGACGACGCCCUUGCUGUUGUCGCCCUCGCCACCACCCAAGCCACACACCUUGCACCGUCCCCAUCCCCAUCUCCAUCCUCCUCCUCCUCGUCCUCCUCUCACUCCCUCCUCUCAGCGGCAGCAGUGAAGCUCCACGCUGCUCUCCUUGCCUCCCCCCCCGCUCUCCCAUCCUCCCCAGCACCGCCUGCAUCACUCGCCCCCUCUCUCUUCCUCUCGCCCUCUCUCGCGCGUGACCUGGCGCUGACGCGUGUUGACGUGUCGCUGACGGCGCUGGCAGCAGCAGCAGCGUCGUUGGACGAGGGGGAGAUAGGGCGUGCGGUGCAGCAGUACCGGCCUGUCUUCAGCGACCCUCUCAUGGCGCCCAGAGCACAUGCCUUGCUCGGGGUCUCACUCGCUGCCAAGGGUCAACUGCCACGUGCCCUCAAGUAUCUCAUCCGCUCGCUGCAUCACUUUCCCGAUAGCCUCCUGCUCAGGGCCUGUCUGGCGGACCUUCUCUCUCCCUCGCACCCGGCUCGAGCUGCGCGCAUCAUCGGCCUGGCGCCCCAAGCCCUCUCCUCGCACCCCCCUCCUCCGCACCCCUCUCUCCUCACCACCCCCGCCCCCCCUGACCGCACCACCGGAGGCAGUGCGGCGGGGACAGUGGAGGAGAGUGUGGUGCGCGUGCAGGCGAGCACACGGCUGGCGUGCAGUGCGUGUGCGGGAGGCACGGCGCAUGGCGCAGGGGCCUGCUUACACUCCCAGGCCCCGCUUGCCACGCCUGCUGCUGUGCCUGGAAGCAGUGGUAGCAGCAGCAGCGGGGGCAGUGUGGAAGAGGGUGGUGCGAGGGAGAGCCACCUGUCGGGACGCAAGUGCCUCCUCCUCCCCGAUUCACCCUCAUCAGCCAAUCAGAAAGCAGCGCUGCGCGCCUGUGCUGAAUGCCAGGUGGCGCGGUGCCAUUCGCUGCAGCAGCCUGCAACAGAAUCUCGUGCCCCGCCUCCAGUCACCCCCAGCUUCCCUGCCUCUCUGCUCCCAUCACUUGCCUCUGCCUCGUCUCUCUUCUCCUCUGGUUUCUACCAAGAGGCUGAAGCAGUGGUGGCAGCACUGCAAGCACAAGGACUGCAGGGGCAAGGCGAAAACAAGUUGCUGUUAAUGUCAGUGGUGCAGAUGUGGCAGGCUGUGAUUGGUGCAGAGAAGGGCGAGAUGAGUGAGGCUAGGAGUGUGUUGGAGGGGGUGGUGGGGUCGCUCAAGGAGGCAGCAGGGGCAGGUGGAAUGUCAGGGGCAGCUGUGCAACCGUUGCUCGACGUAGCUCAUGUGCUUCUAGGUUCUGUCCUCCUCUCCCUCCACCAAGUCAAUUCCUCCGACUCCUCUCUCCCUCUCGCCGCACGUCGCUCCCUCCUCUCUGUCUCCUCUCCCUCCUCCUCUCUCUUCCCCCACCUUCACCUCCUGCUCUCCUCUGCUGACUCCCUUGCCGCCUCUCGCUCUGCCGCCCCUCGCAAGCGCGCCGCCCACCUACAGCAGGAUUGGGCGGCAUGGCCUUCUGUCUGCCGCCCAGCCCGUGUGCUAGCUGCACUAGGAGAAGCUCUAGCAGGGCUGGAGGCAGGGGCAGGUGCGCCUGAGAAAGGUACAUCUGAGAAAGGCGCAUCUGCUGCUGGAAUUGGGGAAGGCAGGGCGGGAGCAGGAGGGGGAGGAGGGAGGGGAGGAGCAGGUAGGGGUGGGGGCGCGGGAGGGAAAGGUGGGGCAGCAGGGGAGGGUGGAGGAGACAGGGGAGGUGAAUCAAAAGAGAAGAGUGAGGGAGGAACAGAGAGGGGGAGGGAAGGGAGUGGAGGAGGAGUGCGUGGGGGAAAGAACCCUCUGGGGAUGGUGCAGGCGGCGGUGCAUGUGGAUCCAUCAUGUAGGCGCCACUGGGAGGUGCUGCGGCGCUUGAGGAGUCAGGGCCGGGCUGGUGAGGCUGUGCGCAGGUGA